AUGAGUUCGUCUCCGAUUCUUUCCGUUGCCAUAACAAUUACAACAAUCCUCGUACUGACGUCGCAUUUUUCCCACUCGUCCCCGACCCCUAACGAAUUCUACGAGUGCAUAAACCUCUACUCUGACACCCCGAUUCCUUUCCCUGCGGCAUUCUACCCGCGCAAUAGCCCCUCGUUCAACUCGGUCCUCAACUCCACCGCCCAAAACCUCCGACGCCUCGUCCCCUCCGUCAUAAAACCCGACCUAAUCUUCACCCCACUAACCGAGAGCCAUGUCCAAUCGGCCGUCAUCUGCGCACGCCAAUUUGGUCUCCGCUUCCGAGCGCGAAGCGGCGGCCACGACUACGAAGGCCUCUCCUACACCUCGGAGUACGGGCCCUUCAUCAUAAUCGACCUCUCGAAGCUCCGGUCAAUCAUGGUCGAUGUCCAAGAUGGGACCGCGUGGAUCCAGUCUGGCGCCACCAAUGGCGAGCUCUACUAUCGAAUCUACCAAAAAAGCCGGACCCAUGGCUUCCCGGCCGGGCUCUGCACGAGCCUCGGCAUCGGGGGCCACAUCACGGGAGGGGGUUACGGAUUCAUGAUGCGGAAGUACGGGCUCGCGGCCGAUAAUGUGGUCGACGUGCGAAUCGUGGAUGCCGAGGGCCGGUUGCUCGAUCGAGCCUCGAUGGGCGAGGAAUUUUUUUGGGCCUUACGGGGUGGGGCCGGGGGAAGCUUCGGGAUCAUCACCGCGUGGAAGGUUCGGCUCGUCAUGGUCCCGCAGACUGUCACGGUUUUCACGGUCCCCAAGACGCUCGAGCAGGGCGCCACGCGGAUACUGUCCAAGUGGCAGCGCGUGGCGAGUAAGAUAGACGAGGACCUCUUUAUCCGUGUCGUCAUCCAGGUGGUUUCGGUGGGCACGGGCCCAUCGGCCAAGAAAACCGUGCAGACGAGCUACAACGCGGUUUUCCUGGGCCGGGCCGACCGUCUUCUCGACGUGAUGGCAACGAGCUUCCCGGAGCUCGGGCUCACUCGAAACGACUGCCGGGAGAUGAGCUGGAUCGACUCGGUCCUCUACAUCGCAGGGUACCCUGCCUCGACCCCACCCGAGGUCCUCCUCCAAGGGAAAUCCCUCUUCAAGAACUACUUCAAGGCCAAGUCCGAGAUCGUGCGGAGGCCCGUACCCGAGACCGGGCUCGAAGGGCUUUGGGCCCGCUUGCUAGCCGAGGACUCGCCGCUGGUGAUCAUGAACCCGUUCGGCGGGAUGAUGGCCCGAAUACCCGAAUGCGAAACGCCAUUUCCCUAUCGAGAAGGAGUUCUCUACAUGACUCAAUAUUUGACGUCGUGGUACGACGCGAGUCCCGAGUUGGAGUCGAGGCACGUGAAUUGGAUUCGUGGAUUGUACGAUUAUAUGGGCGCGUACGUCUCGCGGUUCCCGAGGGGAGCGUACGUGAACUACCGAGACCUCGACUUGGGGACGAACGGGAAUUGCUCGGGCGUCGGUUUUGUCGAGGGGGGGAAAUAUUAUUGGGGUUUUAGUUACUUCAACAGGAAUUUCAAGAGAUUGGUGCUUGUGAAGAGUAUGGUGGAUAGGGAGAACUUCUUCUGGCAUGAGCAGAGCAUACCUACAUUGAUGAUGUUAAGAGGAAAAGCUAGCUAG